ACUUGUACUCGUUAUGUCGAGGACUUGGAUAAUUUGGGUCUUGCUGACGACCCAAUGGAUUGCUAGUGGAGGGGCCUACGAAUCUGAUUAUCAAGAAAAGUGUAUUAGCAGACGGCUCAUCAACCGUUAUCAGUUGAACGAAGAAAUAUACGGACGAAGAAGCUGCGAUCUUAAAAAUCAAAAGCGUCAAAAACGACGUGUUGACCCCACAUUUCAUGGAAAUCCUAAGCCACGAAGAGAGCUUUUGGCCAGUAAGUUCCAUGUUAAUUCGUACAACUUCGGUCAGACUAACUCUUUAGUGGGGCUGGUUAACAAAAUUGCUCAAGAGUAUCUAAAUAAAUGUCCACCGGUCAUAUAUUAUGAUAGUUUUGUGGAAAAAUCCGAUGGACUGAUUCUCGAGAAUUUGUUUAAGACUAUCCCUAUUACUUUCUACCAUGGCGAAAUUAACGCAGGCUACGAAGCAAAAAAUGCUCGUUUUACAAGCCACAUCGAUAGCAAUUGCAAAAGUUACAUUUUGUUUCUUUCGGACCCACUUAUGACGCGGAAGAUUCUAGGUGCCCAAACGGAAAGUCGUGUGGUGCUUGUCUCAAGGUCGACACAAUGGAGGCUUCGUGAUUUUUUGUCAUCAGAACUAUCUUCAAACAUAGUAAAUUUAUUAGUAAUUGGAGAAUCACUGAUGGCUGACCCAAUGCGCGAGCGCCCUUACGUUUUGUACACCCACAAACUUUACGCAGAUGGUCUUGGCUCAAAUACUCCCGUGGUGCUCACCAGCUGGAUAAAGGGAGCUCUUUCGCGACCGCACAUUAAUCUUUUUCCACCGAAGUUCCAAUUUGGUUUUGCCGGCCACAGGUUUCAAAUUUCGGCCGCUAAUCAGCCGCCUUUCAUCUUUCGCAUCCGCACUUUAGAUUCCUCAGGAAUGGGCCAGUUACGCUGGGACGGAGUAGAAUUUCGACUACUGAGCAUGAUAUCAAAACGUUUGAACUUUUCAGUAGAUAUCACUGAGACACCAACCCGGGCCUUUACGCGGGGAGUAGUGAACGCCAUCCAGGAACAGAUUGUUGAAAGGGCAGUAGACAUUGGGAUGUCCGGUAUUUACAUAACUGAGGAGAGACUCCGGGACUCCGACAUGUCGGUAGGACACUCACGCGAUUGUGCAGCCUUUAUAACACUCGCCUCAAAGGCACUGCCCAAAUACAGAGCCAUCAUGGGCCCGUUCCAGUGGCCCGUCUGGGUCGCUCUAAUUUGUGUCUAUCUUGGAGGAAUAUUUCCAAUCGUCUUCACCAACCGUUUGACACUUAGCCAUUUAAUGGGUAACUGGGGUGAGGUAGAAAACAUGUUUUGGUAUGUGUUUGGUAUGUUCACAAACGCUUUCACAUUCACUGGAAAAUACUCGUGGAGCAAUACCCAGAAAAACUCCACACGAAUCCUGAUUGGAGCCUAUUGGCUAUUUACAAUUAUCAUUACGUCCUGCUACACUGGUUCCAUCAUUGCAUUCGUAACGUUGCCAGCGUUUCCCGACACCGUUGACUCUGUGCUGGACCUGCUGGGCUUGUUUUUUCGCGUGGGAACCCUGGAUAAUGGCGGCUGGGAGACCUGGUUCCAAAACUCCACCCACAUUCCUACGUCUAGGCUGUACAAGAAAAUGGAGUUUGUCGGUACCCUAGAGGAGGGCAUCGGCAACGUUACACAGAGCUUCUUUUGGAACUAUGCCUUUUUGGGCUCAAAGUCUCAACUUGAAUACCUGGUGCAGUCAAAUUUUUCAGAUGAAAAUAUAUCGCGCAGAUCGGCGCUCCAUUUGAGUGAGGAGUGCUUUGCCCUCUUCCAAAUAGGCUUUCUCUUUCCGCGAGAGUCCGUGUAUAAGCGCAAGAUCGACUCGAUGAUCCUGCUGGCCCAGCAAAGCGGUCUCAUUGACAAAAUCAAUAACGAGGUAAGCUGGGUUAUGCAGCGAUCGUCGUCAGGACGCCUGUUGCAAGCCAGUUCAUCAAAUUCGCUGCGUGAAAUAAUCCAGGAGGAGCGCCAACUGACCACGGCGGACACAGAGGGCAUGUUUUUGCUGAUGGCGCUUGGAUACUUCCUAGGUGCGUCGGCCCUGGUGUCCGAAAUCGUGGGUGGCAUAACCAACAAGUGUCGUCAAAUAAUCAAGCGAUCUCGCAAGUCGGCCUCCAGCUCUUGGUCCUCCCGCCACAGCUCGGCGACAUGUGGGGCGGAAAAACGCACGGAGGCCGAGCAAUUGGCGCACGAUGAACGAAAAGCCACCAGGCGCGACGCCGCUGAGGAUUGCCAGAAGAUGAGUUUCGGAAUGCGAGAGUUUAAUCUUACCCGCACAACCCUGCGUGAGCUGUACGGAAGCUAUGGUAGACCAGAUCAGAGCAAUGGGCAGCGAGCCGUCGAUAACCCGAAAUUGCCUUCCAGCCCCGAAAACUUAAUUUACUUGGAAGACGAAGAGUCCCGUGAAGCUAUCGCAUCUCUGGAUCGUUUAGACGACUUCAUGACCCAGAUGGUUGGCGAAAGUGAUCCUCAGCCACAUGAAUUCAGACCCGACGAAUUAUUUGGACCCAAUACAGAACAUGGGGAAGUCCCUGAAAAUCGAUAAGCACUCAAAUAAAAAAAUGUUUCAAAUUUUACACACACAUUAGUUUAACAUACACCUUACAGUUACAGUCAUAAGAUUUCGUUACAAAGCAAUUGUUCGUACCCAAAGGUACUCAACAUGACCACACCCAACAAAUCAAGCAGUAGCCAAAUUGGGA